GCCGCCAUCAGUGAAAGACAAAGACAGAGUUUAUUGAAGGACAGUGAGAAGAUGAGUGAUCCAGAACCCUGCAGAAUUAAACAGGAAGAGACUGAAGAACUAAUAGAUGUGAUGGUGAAGGAGGAGAGUGAAGAACUGUGUGAAGAUGAGGAGAAACAUCAUGUCAAAAGUGAAACCAAAACCAAAGAUACGACUGAACAAAGUGUUUCAAUGGAAAAAACAGUCAUAAAAUGUUUCCCCUGCACUCAGUGUGGAAAGAGUGUCACCCGCAAAUGUGAUCUGAAGUCUCACAUGAUGAUCCACACUGGAGAGAACCCUUACAAGUGUUCAUACUGCGUCAAGAGAUUCAAACAUUUACGACACUUGAAACUGCAUGAGAGGAUCCACACUGGAAGGAAACUGCACAAAUGUAAUCAUUGCAGCAAAUUAUUUUUAAGGCCUUCAGUUUUGAAGAUCCAUCUUAGAGUUCAUACAAAUGAGAAGCCAUAUUCAUGUUCUGAGUGUGGAAAGAGUUUUAUACACCAGUCACAUUUAAAAACACAUCAGAAGAUCCACACUGGUGUGAGAGAGCAUGUGUGCUUUGAGUGUGGGAAGACUUCUAUUACAGCUGGAGACUUGAAACAACACCAGAUGAUUCACACUGCAGAGAAACCAUUCACAUGUACUUUGUGUGGGAUGAGUUUUAAACGAUCAUCAAACCUUAAUCAACACAUGCUGAUCCACAUUGGAAUCAAAACACACAAAUGUGAUCAAUGCGGCAAAACGUUUAUGAGAGGUUCUGAGUUAAAGGACCAUCUUAGAGUUCAUGCACAAGAGAAACCUUAUGCAUGUCCUGUGUGUGGAAUGAGUUUUAGACGAUUACGAAAUUUAAACGAACAUCAGAAGAUCCACACUGGUGUGAGAGAGUUUGUCUGCUUUGAGUGUGAGAAGACUUUCAUUAGAGCUACUGACCUGAAACAACACCAGAGGAUUCACACAGGAGAGAAACCGUACAUAUGUACUGAGUGUGGAAAGAGUUUCAGAGUUUCAUCAUCUCUUACAACACACAUGGUGAUCCACACUGGAGAGAAACCACACAAGUGUGAUCAAUGUGGUAAAGCAUUUUUGAGGCCUUACGAGCUGAGGAAACAUUUUCUGACUCAUACAAGACAGAGCCUUAUUCCCUGUUAACAUCAAUGAUAUUUACCUUCCUGGAAACUCUCAGCUGUAUUCACGAACAUCAGAUUUCACAGCUAAAUGUAUGUUAAUGAAUGAUAUUACAUUAACUCUCAAUUGACACUUCACAGCAGUUUGAUUCACAGGUGAUCCAGUCAACUAUAACCAGAAACUCUGUGCCCCCGUCGCUGUCCACCAUGUUUUUUGACAGACGUAGUAAUAGAGUAGCAUUGGCUUUUAACAUGAACAUGGUGAAGAUGUGCUCUUAUGGAAAUGUUAAUUGUGACAUGACAGAACAAGUUACCUGAGGCCUCGAAGUUGACUGGUGAGAUGAGCUAACUUAAACUGUAUAGCCUGGACACCCAGAUAAAAAAUCAGUUAGUCCUUAAUUUCAUAGAUGCAGCAGUCUCAGCUAGGAACUCCAAACCUUUCUCUCUACAGACACUUUCUCCAGCCCUUCUGGAUGGAUUUCGAUGUGUUCCCAGGCAAGCAGAGGGACAUAGUCCCUCCACCAUGAUCCUGGAUUUUCCCUGGGUCCUCUUCCCGAUGGGACAAGUCCAGAAGAGCUCCCUAGGUAGGCAUCCAGUAAUCAUUAAAAAUAGAUGCCCAAACCACCACAGCUAGCUCUUCUUGAUGUAAUAGAGCAACGGCUGUACUCUGGGCUUCUUCUGAUGACAGAGCUCCUCACCCUUUCCCUGAGGGGGGUCACACACCAGAAGCACCGCUCAGCAAUGCACAGUGUCGCGCCACGCAGCGCCAUGCAUUUCAGAGUUCUAAACAUAGGUUUCUAUCAGGGUACACACACUGGCGCUGCAAGUCGGCGGCUGUCCACGGCACCCAGCCAUGACUCAAAACACUGUUCGUAUUUGUGCCGCGCCAUCUGAAUAGUUUCAUUUUAAAUAGCAUGCGAAUGUGCACAUCUGGUGUGCAAUACUUUUAACUGUCAUGUGCACGGCACUGAUCGGCGCAUCCGAUGUGUGUCGCCCUUAAAGCAGGUCACACACCAGAGCAGCGCUUCUAGUGUGCGACCUGCUUAAGAGUACUCCCUACCACCCUGCAAUUGAAGCUCAUUUCAGCCACUUGUCCUUUCAGUCAUGCCAAUACGGUCUUCGGACUUGUUUGUAAGGUGUUGUCCUGAAGAAGGCAUUUGACCAUGUCCCUUGUUGCAUUCUGUAAAAAUCUGCUGAGGACGUAUGGGGUACGAGACACUUCUCUCGUUCCACAGGUAUUCCUACUCUCACAACAUUGACCUUGAGGUCAUGACCAAAAGGACUUCAGUCUUGUUAUCAGGAGCUUGUCCUUGUGGUCAUGACCAUGAUGUUUUUUUUAUGUUGUUGCUGGUGUCGAUGUGACAUAAUUUUGUUCAGCAUUACAUCUACUGUGAUGUUUUGAAUGACAAAAUAAAGGAAAACUGAAACAGAAGUUGGUGGUUUUCCCUAUUGGAAAGAGGUAAGAUGUGUAAUUUUUACUGUUGGUCAGCAGUUGGCAGCAUUAACCCUUUAGAUAGGCCGGUGUUAACUUUUCUGCCUUUUAUAUGGAGUUCUGUGGAGUGCAGAAAUACACUUACUAUGUUCUGAGAGCUGAGCUGCUUAUUUUGAUUUUCUCGGGCAUAUCAAGAUGAGGGUGCAAAGAUCUCUCUCACACUAUACUCCAUGUGAAAGCCAGAAACUACACAUUUUUUUGGCACUGCAGCUGAUGAUAAACAGCAAAAAAAUACCAAUUUUACCUCUUCCCAACAGGGAAAACCAGCAACAAUCUGAAAUACAUGAUUAUAUACUGUCAUGGACUUUGCAAUUUAAAAAUGUCAUUAUAAUGGAAGUCAAUUGGGCAAAAACAGCCCCCAACAUAAUGAAAGGGUGGUAAAUUCGAGUGUAUUGUUGAGUUUUUGAAAAAUUUCAAAAUAUUUUCCCCAAACAUCUGUCAAAAUAAGAUUCGUCAUUAAAGAUCAUUCUAUUUGCUAAAAUACAGAGAAAGUUGUGGCCAAAUUAAGACUCAAAAUCAGCCCAGAGUGGAUGAAAACACCACAACAGCACAUAAUGGUUAAAUGUGGUAUUUUACAUGCGUUCAGAGCUGUUGAUGAGAAUCAACAUAAACAGCUGUUUAGUCUCAGAGGAGUCUGUUUAUUUCAG